UAUUUAUUUCUGAUUGGUCAUGAAAAUUAAUUAAAUCUGAAAAAAAAGCUAUAUUAAAAUCAUAUAAAAGGAACAGAAAACUGAAGCAAACCGAAGCAGACAUAAACUUACCAAACGAAUAGAUGCCAUCUAGUAAUCAAAUUGUUUAAUCUUAUAACGAACUUUUAUGAAAACGAAUGAGACGUGCAACUAAAUUUUAUGUUUCAUGUAAAGUGCGAAUGAAGUGAAACUGUUAAGAAAUAUCUUUAUUAUUCUAUUUCAUAAAACAUUUCGAUAGUGAUGUCAAAAAUGACGGGAUACGAUACGCACGAUGAUGGCCCUGGAUUUGUUGGUAUUAGAUUUUGUCAAGAAUGUAAUAAUAUGUUAUAUCCAAAGGAAGAUAAGGAAAACAAAGUGCUUAUGUAUGCGUGCAGGAAUUGUGAUUUUAAACAAUUAGCUGAUAGUAAUUGUAUAUAUGUAAACAAAAUUAUGCACGAAAUUGAUGAAUUGACACACAUCGUUGCUGAUGUUAUAUCUGAUCCUACUUUACCAAGAACAGAGGACCAUCCCUGUCCUAAAUGUAAUCACAGAGAAGCUGUAUUUUUCCAAGCUCAAACCAGGAGAGCAGAAGAAGAAAUGAGAUUAUAUUAUGUAUGUACAAAUCAACAUUGUUCACAUAGGUGGACAGAAUAAAUUUAAUAAUUUGAGCUACGAAUCUAUUUAAUAAGUAUAUUUUUAUAUGAUUUA